AUGGCGCCCUUGGAAAACAGCCAUCCAGCGACCCAGGCGCUUCAUGCGGAUGAUCGCUUGAAUCUGGUGACGGACGUCGCGCCUCCCAUCCACCUGUCCACCAUCUUCAGAUACUCGAAUGAUCCAAAUGAACUAGUCCCAUCUGAGGAUCCAGUGGCCGAGUUCAACGGAAAGAAUUACGUUUAUUCUCGCGAGUUCGCUCCAAAUGCAACUCGAUUCGAAGCUGUUCUCUCCACCCUCCUCAAAGGGAAUGCUGUGGCCUAUGCCACGGGUCUGGCUGCUUUAUAUGCCGCCUUUACGCUCCUGAACCCGCGCCGGGUAUCUGUCGGCGAGGGGUAUCACGGCAGUCACGAAGUAAUCUCCGUCAUCUCUCGUCUCUCGGGACUGGAAAAGCUCCCUCUUGACUGUCCCACCGAGAGCUUGAAUGCAGGUGAUGUUAUUCUGCUCGAGACACCAGUCAACCCCCUCGGAAUUGCUUUCAAUAUCGCAGAGUAUGCCGAAAAGGCACACUCCCGAGGAGCAUAUCUCAUCGUUGAUAGCACGUUUGCUCCUCCUGGCCUACAAGAUCCAUUCCUAUGGGGAGCAGAUAUUGUGAUGCACUCUGGAUCCAAGUAUUUCGGAGGCCACAGUGAUCUCCUGUGCGGUGUCCUUGCAACAAAGCGAGACGACUGGACAAAGCAGCUGUUCGAGGACCGAUUGGCUUUGGGCAAUGUGCUUGGGAACUUGGAGAGCUGGCUUGGAACUCGCAGUCUGCGCACAAUGGAGGUUCGCGUUCAACGCGCAAGUGAGAACUCUGCCAAACUAAUUUCCUGGCUCCACAACGGUUUGAAUGCAUCGUCUCCGGCUACUGGAUCGGAAGAAGCUACCAUCCAGGCUGUGCUACAGAAGAUGUAUCACGCCAGUCUCCAGGACGAGCCGUGGUUGAAGAAGCAGAUGCCCAACGGAUUCGGCCCCGUCUUUUCAAUCAUCUUAACAAGCGAAGACUUUGCCCGAGCAUUACCCAGUAAACUGAACUUCUUCCAGCAUGCGACGAGUCUAGGCGGUGUUGAGUCUUUGAUUGAGUGGCGCGCACUGUCCGACUCAAAGGUAGACCGAAAGUUGUUGAGGAUCAGUGUCGGACUGGAAAACUGGGAGGAUCUCAAAAAUGAUCUGCUCCAGGCAUUUGUGGCCCUUGCAGGAGCGCGAUAA